GAUCACCGCUCUGAUCAAAUUGAUCUCUGCGGAUGAAAAUAGACAAAUAUAGGGAAAACGCAGUUCGGAAGAAUCUACGGUGAAGAUGCCGACGGCGUCUUCCAAAUUCACAUCGUUCGAUCUUCAUCAGCCUCUGUUCAUAGCUGCCAUUAUUUUUAAUUUCUUCGUGGUUUAUGCUUCCUCAGAUCUAUCCAUACCACAGGAAUUAGGAGGAGGAAGAGGAAGAGGAGUUGGACUGAGAAGUUUGAAGAGUUUUAAGGAAAAGAAAACUGGCACAAACAUAACUUUCGAUUGCUCUCCUUCUGGUCCAUGCGUCCCUUGCCAAUACUCGGAAAAGAAAGAUGAUACUUACCGCUGUAGUGAAACUGGGUAUCGUAUUCCUAUGAAGUGUAGGAACCUUGAAACUCAGGUAGAUGAAGAAAAUGACAAGAAGAGGCAGAAGGGCCGAAGUACUCUUGAAAAUGCUGACAAACUAAAAUUACAUGUAUUGGUGCACAAUGCAGAAGAUCCGACUACUUUAAUAAGACAGCGAAAUCUAUUGGAAGAGUCAUCCAGCAGAGAAGAUGGAUCAGGAAUCUACAUAACUUACAGAAGCUGUAUACCUGCCAUUAACGAAGAGAAGCUUUCGGUACUUGGCUUUGAGGCAAUAAUAUUGCUGCUGCUGGCAAGUAGUUUAUUUGUAAUCUUCAGACGUAAGGGAACUUUGGUUAUGCCGGGAGCAGUAAGAGUUCCUACCAACUCGAGGUUUUAAGUUUCGGCCAAACGACUAGACACGUACUUCCUAUGGUACAGAUUAUUAAUUAGGUACUGGAUCGAUCGAUCGAUGAAUGGAUGUUUGCCUCCUUUUUCUUUCUUUGUAUGAUAGCAUGUAAUCAGAUGAUUCUUUUGUUAUUUUGCAAAACAUUAGGCCACACAAAAGCUUGUAAUUUUGAGUUAUAUGCUCCAUCUGUAAAACUAUCUUUAACAAAAAUAUUCAGUUAACCGGUGCACAUUUCUUGUUUAAA